AUGGAGCAAGUUGGGCGAGAAGAAACUCCAACAGCAACGACGCACGGAGUUAGCGGUGGAGGAGGAGGACACGGACAUGGAGGACGGAGCAGUUCACUAGCAUCCGAAGGCGCGCCGUCCAACACGAAUGCGAACGCGAACACGAACUCGAACUCGCACCCGUCAAACGCCAAAUGGGGAAAUGCCUGUGCCCAGUGUGCGGCCGCCAAAGCAAAGUGUUCACGCCAGUCUGAUGCUCCUGGGAUCAAAUGCCAAAGAUGUGAACGUCUGGGUAAAGAUUGCACGAACCAGGUGCACCGCCCAAGAAAGAAGAGAGCUGUUCGGCCAUCAAAGACUGCGCAACUUGAACAGCGGCUCAAUGGACUCGUCGACCUCCUCAAGGCAUCCGGGGAUUUGCGAGGCAUCCCAAUCGCAGACAGUGUUGCCUCUCAUGAGGUCAUGUCCGCCUAUGACAGUGUCUCAUGCAUAGCCCGCGAUCACGACCUGCAUAUUGCCGUUGGUGCUCCUCAAGGAUCUGGCUCCGGAAAGAGGCGAGCAAGUCUCACGCCCUUGGAAGAUGAUCGUCAUGGCACCACCGAGGGUGGCUAUUCCGACGAUGAGAGUCAUAGUGACAGCUCAGAACUGUUGGGUGAAGGACCCAUUCAUGUGCCCAAACACUACAACUCUUGCGCCCCGUCCGGGUGUAUGUGCAGAGCACGCGGCGAGAUUAGAGGUCCGUCAGAGUCAGACGAGACCAUCCUCGCCAUCUACCAGACCCAUCUCAGCCCGCUCUUUCCGUUCGUCAUCAUCCCAGUCGGUACGACCGUGCAAGAACUCGAACAGUCCCGUCCGUUUCUCUUCUCGGCCAUCCGGAUGGUGACCACCCUCACGAGCAUGCGGUCGAUGCGAGCUCAGAUGUACCGGCUGGUCCGACAUGUCUCAGAACGCAUGCUCUUGCGGUCAGAAAGGUCACUGGAUCUACUGCAGGGCAUCCUCGUCAUGAUCGGCUGGUAUCAGUACCAUUGUCUGAUGCAUGCCCAGUUGAACAACCUCAUCCACCUGGCCGCGAGUCUCGUUUCCGACCUAGGACUGAACCGGGAUCCGAAGGUGCAAGAAAGGAUUAGUGUCAUGGUACUGUACCCCGACGAUCCAAAACCACGGACGAAUGAGGAACGGAGGGCGCUGUUGGGCUUGUGGUAUAUGGCUUCAACUAUAUCCGUCGCCUUUGGAAAAAUGGAGUCUAUCAGGUACUCGCAAUACGUUCAGCAGUGCCUAAAUGAGCUGCAAGAGUCGAAGGAGUACGAAACAGAUGGGAUACUGGUUCACAUGGUCCAGUUACAGCAUCUGAUGGAGAAGAUCGCUCAAAUCAAUUCCAAAACUGAAUCUCCCGACUCCGUCGGAGGGAUUGCUAGGGCUCCAGUUGCGGCCUACAUGUCGACGUUCCAGAGUGAACUUGACAAGAUAUGUGGUUCAUUCAACAAGGGCCAAAAGAACAAUAAAUACCUCAUGGUGUAUGUACAUUCAGCUAAGAUGCGUCUCUGCGAGCCUCCGGUCAUCGAUGCAUCUCUACUGGCCAAGUUUUACAAAGACCUUACUACGCUUGACGACAACACUCCGUCGGCUCUUGAUCUCUUUUACCGAGUAAGCAGUGGGGUACGAGAAUGGUUCGACCACUGGUUUACCGUACCCGUAUCAGCAUACUUUUACCUGCCGGUCUCCAUCAUUUGUCAGAUCGUCUACGCCGUUACGAUGCUUGCUCGUUGGUCCAAGAUAGUCUCGCCAAUCAAGCCAUUACCUUCUUCACAACCCAGGAACACCAUCUCAACGACAUCCCAACCUCCGCAACCCACCGCCACAACAUCUUACGCUUCGACACCUACCUCAACACCCGCCUUUGUACCUACACCCUCCCCACAUUACAGCCGAGCAUGCGGCUAUGGCGCCGGCCCACCGCCGGACUUCUCACAACGGCCACCCGCCACCUCCUCAACCAUUAGCACAUCCGUCCCUGCCACCCCGGGUCCCGGCCCUGGGGCCCCAUCCCCAUCCAAAAUUCCAAGGGACAUCUCCGGCCCCGUCUGCUCCCGCGCCACCUCCACCGAACCUCCAAUAACGAGCACCCCCGACCCAGUCACAAACACCACCACCGACCCGACAACCGCCCCUCAUAACCCUUCUUUCUCUAGCAGCAAUAACAACAAAAACAACCCCCUCUCCUCCGUCCGCUGGCGCGAAACCACCGACCCCCAACUCCCUCACAUCGUCGCCAUGCUGCAAGAACAGCUCAACUCCCAGCCCGGGCUGUGGAUCGACAUUACCGAGACCAUGGCCCAGCUCGGUGCCCGUUUCCAGCAGGCCAGCGAUGACAUGAAGGAGGCCAGCGGCGGCGAGCCGGAUAGCAACAUGUGGGAGGUCAGUGCCAAGGGACUGGUCAUGACCAAGGCUAAACUGGAGAGGUUUGCGGAGUUUGUCGCUCAGGGGGGGGAACUCGAUGAUGAUGAUCAGGGGAAGGGAGGGGGUGAGAGGAAAAGGGGUGGUGGAAGUGGAGGAGGGGAAGGGAGAGGGGAGGAUGAUGCUGCUUGUUCAAGACUGGGGAACCGAACUGGGACGGGGGCUGGGAAGGGGACGAGAGCUGGUGAAGAGCAGCCGGAAGGGGGUAGGGCGAGCGGUUUUCUGUAUCAAGAAGGAUCAACGGGUAGCAGUGGAGGAGGAAGUGCAGGUACAGGUGCAGAUGCAGGUACAGGAGGACCAGGAGGGGUUGAAGCUGGGCGUGCCUCGGCCCCGUCUGGCUCCAUGUCUGGAGAGAGAUAUGCUCAGGUACAGGCCGGUUUGGCAAGAGGAGGAGGAGGAGAGACUUCAACGAGCAGCGGCGGCGGCAAUACCACCGCAACACAAUCAUCACAGUUGCAGCCGUGGCUGGCCAGCCAAAGCCAAGGACAAGGACAAAGCAUGGGGGCGCCACCAAUACCGCAGCAGCAGCAGCAACAACACCAACAACCUCCCUUUCAAGGGCAUUCCUAUGCAAAUACAACAGCCAUGAGUGGUGCGAAUAUUCAUCACAGCCUACCAGGCAACGCGGGGGUCCAUGGCGGGGAUGCCGGGUAUCCCUCCGCUACGAUAGGAGCAGCAGGAGGAGGGGUAGGAGGAGGGGUAGGAGGAGGGGUAGGAGGAGGGGUAGGAGGAGGGGUAGGAGGAGGGGUAGGAGGAGGGCAAUGCAACAAUCUGCUUGCCACGGAGUCUAUGUUUGUGGAUCAACUUGCUCCUUGGCUUUGGUACUACGGCGUUGAAGACUGGCCCGCGGCAGGACCGGGCGGGGUAUAA